AUGGGUCCUAAUAAGACAUAUCCUGUUAUUGUUAAUGCUGAACUAAAUGACAUGCAAACUAAGCAAUUGCUUGUGAUUUUGAGAAAAUACAGGAAUGUCAUUGGGUACACUAUUGAUGAUAUUAAGGGUAUUAACCUAUCAUUCUGCAUGCAUAAGAUCAACCUUGAGGACGACCAUACCUCUUCUAUAGAAUCUCAAAGAAGGCUUAAUCCAAAUAUGAUGGAAGUAAUCAAAAAAGAGGUUCUUAAAUUGCUUGAUGCAUGGAUAAUCUACCCUAUCUCAGAUAGUAAGUGGGUUAGUCCUGUACAAGUGGUUCUAGAGAAAGGAGGUCUUAUUGAGAAUUCUAUAAAAGCUUUUAUGGAUGACUUCUCAAUCUAUGGAACAUCUUUUGAUGUUUGCCUUAAUAAUUUGGAAGGGGUGCUCUAUAGAUGUAAAGAAGUCAACCUAAUUCUCAACUGGAAAAAAUGCCAUUUUAUGGUACAUCAGGGUGUCAUUCUAGGUCAUAUUGUUGCUCAUAGGGGCAUCGAAGUUGAUAGAGCUAAGAUAGAGGUCAUUGAGCGUUUACCACCGCCUAAUUUUGUAAAAGGAGUAAGGAGUUUCCUUAGUCAUGCAGGGUUUUAUCGCCGUUUUAUCAAGAACUUUUCAAAAAUUGCUCGACCUCUAACUAAGCUCUUAGGCAAGGAUGUUCUCUUUGUUUUUACUGAUAUUUGUAUUGAGGCUUUUGAUAGGUUAAAGCAAGCUCUUAUAUAUGCCCUAGUCAUGCAAUCGCCGAACUGGAAUCUUCCAUUUGAAAUCAUGUGCGAUGCUAGUGACUAUGCAGUUGAGGCAAUGUUGGGCCAAAGGAAGGAUAGCAAGCUCCAUGCCAUCCAUUACACGAGCAAGACUCUUGAUUCGACCCAGAUAAACUAUGCCACAACCGAGAAGGAAUUGUUGGCAGUGGUGUAUGCAAUGGAUAAGUUUUGGUCUUAUCUGGUUGGAUUGAAGGUGAUAAUCCACACAGAUCACGCGGCAUUAAGGACAAGAAAGGAGUCGAAAAUGUUUGUUGUUGAUCAUCUCUGCCGACUUAUCCUUGAUGGUGAAGGUGAUGAGGAUCCCUCGAUCAAUGAUUCAUUUCAUGAUGAGCAACUUCUAGCUCUAGCUAUUAAGGAGAUCCCAUGGUGUAUUCCAGAAAGUGAAGUGCCAUUCAUUAUUUCACAUUGUCAUGAUUUGCCAUAUGGAGGACAUGCUGGCACUAAUAAGACUGCAGCAAAGACUCUUCAGUAUGGUUUUCAUUGGCCAAGUCUUUUCAAGGAUGUUCAUCAACAUGUUAAGUCUUGUGAUCAAUGUCAACGAACUAGUAACAUCUCUAAGAGGAAUGAAAUGCCUCUUAAUAACAUCCUCGAGGCAGAAUUGUUCGAUGUGUGGGGAAUAGAUUUCAUGGGACCGUUCCCUUCUUCUUAUAGGAACAGGUAUAUCUUGGUCGAUGUGGAUUAUGUCUCAAAGUGGGUUGAAGCCAUAACUACUCUAACCAAUGAUGCUCAAGUGGUAAACAAGUUCUUUAAAAAGAAUAUUUUUCCUCGAUUUGGUGUACCACGAGUGUUGAUUAGUGAUGGAGGCAAGCAUUUCUUGGAGAAUCAAUUUGAGGUGAUGUUUAAGAAGUAUGGAGUAGAUCAUCAAGUGGGGCUUUCAUAUCACCCACAAAGUAGUGGUCAAGUAGAUAUUUCUAAUUGA